AUGGGUACCAACACCUCCCCGAAGCCGACCGUCGGCUUCGUCGGCCUUGGCGCCAUGGGCUUCGGCAUGGCCACCCAUCUCGUCCAGCAGGGCUACACUGUCAAGGGCUACGACGUCUUCGCCAAGUGCCUGGAGCGCUUCGCCGAAGCCGGCGGCCAAAGCACAAAGAGCCUGAGCGAGUCGGCCACGGACGCCGAGUUUUAUGUCUGCAUGGUCGCAUCGGCGCCGCAGGCCCAGUCGGCGCUGUUUGAUGCAGAGGACGCCAUUGUCAAGGCCCUUCCCCAGAAUGCCACGCUCCUGCUCUGCUCGACCGUCCCCUCGGCGUACGCCCAGUCGGUUGAGAAGCAAUUGGCCGACAUGGGACGAAGCGACGUCUUCUUCGUCGACAGCCCCGUCUCAGGCGGGGCCAAGCGGGCAGCCGACGGCACGCUGACGAUAAUGGCGGGCGGGAGCGACGCGGCGCUCGAAAAGGCCGACGCGCUGCUCAAGGAAAUGUCGGACCCAGAGGGGCUGUACGUGGUGGCGGGCGGCGUGGGCCAGGGCAGCAACAUGAAAAUGGUCCACCAGGUGCUGGCCGCGAUACACAUUCUGCUGGCGAGCGAGACGAUGGGGCUGGCCGCGCGCUUCGGCCUCGAUGCCAAGACGACGUUUGACGCUGUCGUGGGCUCUGAUGCUUGGUUUUGGAUGUUUGAGAACCGCGUGCCUCGCAUGUUGGACGAGGAUUACUUCCCUGGCGUCAGUGCGCUGACGAUCAUCCUCAAGGACGUAGGCAUCAUAACGUCCAUGGCGCGGCACGUCAACUUCCCCAUGCCCCUCUCCACGACAGCCGAGCAGAUCUACCUCCUCGCACUAGCCCAAGACUUCGGCUCGCACGACGACGCCGGCAUGGUGCGCCUGUACCACCCGCCACCCAUCCACAACAACGCCAACAACGCCAACAACGCCAACAACGCCAACAACGCCAACAACGCCAACAACGCCAACAACGCCAACAACGCCAACAACAACGACAGCACCAAAACCACCCAAAACCUCACCCACGUGCUCAACCUCGUGCGCGGCGUACAGCUCUGCGCCGCCGCCGAAGCCAUCAGCCUCGCGCGCCACCUGCACCUCGACCUGCGCCAGUUCCACCGUCUAGCCUCGGCCGCCGCGGGCGGCAGCCGCAUGUUCUCGAGCAAGGGCGCGGACAUGAUUGCGGCGCAGGAGGGACAGCGCCCAGAAAACCCGUGCGUAGAGGGGUUUUUGAAGGGGUUGGCGCGUGCGGUGGAUGCGGCGAGGGGGGUCAGCUGUCCGGUGCCGUUGGGGGCGGAGGCGCUGAGUUUGCUUACCGGUGUGGAUCGCAGGCAUGGCAGUAAUGGCAUUGUGUAUGAUUAUUAUGGCCUCUUGUAUUAG